ACUGACCAGUGUGAUGGUCUCCAAGGGUUCCUGGUCUUCCAUAGCUUUGGGGGAGGCACAGGCUCUGGCUUCACCUCCCUCCUCAUGGAGCGGCUCUCUGUGGAGUACAGCAAGAAGUCCAAGCUGGAGUUCUCUGUGUAUCCAGCCCCACAGGUCUCCACAGCUGUGGUGGAGCCCUACAACUCCAUCCUCACCACCCACACCACCCUGGAGCACUCGGACUGCUCCUUCAUGGUGGACAACGAGGCCAUCUAUGACAUCUGCAACCGCAACCUGGACAUUGAGCGUCCCACCUACACCAACCUCAACAGGCUCAUUGGGCAGAUUGUCUCAUCUGUCACCGCCUCGCUGCGAUUUAACGGGGCCUUGAACGUCGACUUGAUUGAAUUCCAGACCAACCUGGUGCCUUACCCACGGAUACACUUCCCGCUCACCACCUAUGCUCCCAUCAUCUCGUCGGAGAAAGCCUACCACGAGCAGCUGUCGGUGCCGGAGAUCACCAAUGCUUGCUUUGAGUUCUCCAACCAGAUGGUGAAAUGCGACCCGCGCCGGGGCAAGUACAUGGCCUGCUGCCUGCUGUACCGCGGCGACGUGGUGCCCAAGGACGUGAACGCGGCCAUCGCGGCCAUCAAGACGCGUCGCUCCAUCCAGUUUGUGGACUGGUGCCCCACGGGCUUCAAGGUGGGCAUCAACUACCAGCCGCCCACGGUGGUGCCCGGGGGAGACCUGGCCAAGGUGCAGCGAGCUGUGUGCAUGCUGAGCAACACGACGGCCAUCGCGGAGGCCUGGGCCCGCCUGGACCACAAGUUUGACCUGAUGUACGCCAAGAGGGCCUUCGUGCACUGGUACGUGGGGGAGGGCAUGGAGGAGGGGGAGUUUUCGGAGGCCAGGGAAGACCUGGCAGCUCUGGAGAAGGAUUAUGAGGAGGUUGGCAGGGACUUUGGAGAGGAGGAGUAA